AUGUCUGGCACUGAGGAAGUCAAAGAACAAGCAGAAGUUGUAGUGGAGGAUGUUGACAAAUCUCUGCCGACAAAACAGCAGGAAGAGGAAGCUGUCAGAAAGAAGUAUGGAGGAAUAUUGCCCAAGAAACAACCUCUAAUUUCGAAGGAUCACGAGCGAGCAUAUUUUGACUCAGCUGAUUGGGCUUUGGGAAAGCAAGGUGGUGUGAAGCCCAAAGGACCACUUGAGGCUCUCCGGCCAAAAUUGCAGCCAACACAACAGCAAACACGAUACCGCAAAUCCCAAUAUGCGCCAUCUGGUGAAGAUGGAACUCCCGCAUCAGCCGAAGAUGCUACCUCAGACAAAUGA